AUGGGGAACGACUCUUCUCGAGGGAGUUGUUGGGCGUUCUCAUCUAUUGCGGCUGUUGAGGGGAUAAACAAGAUAGUGACCGGAGAUUUGAUCUCACUCUCGGAGCAAGAGUUGGUGGACUGUGAUACAGUAGGUUCUAACGGAUGUGAUGGGGGUACCUCGGACUAUGCAUUUGGGUUCAUCAUUGAGAAUGGUGGAAUUAAUACCGAGAAGAAUUACCCUUAUAAUGGUACACAAGGAGUGUGCGACCACAACAAGAAAAAUGAAAAGGUUGUCUCAAUUGAUAGUUAUGAAGACCUUCCUCCAAAUAACGAGUUGGCAUUGCAAAAGGCAGUGGCAAGUCAACCAGUGAGUGUUGCUAUUGAUGCCAGUGCGGCCGAAUUCAACUUCUACGAAUCCGGUGUAUUCACGGCAAGUUGUGGGACAGAGCUAAGCCAUGGUGUGGCUGUAGUUGGAUACGGGACAGAAAAUGGCGUGGACUAUUGGAUUGUGAGGAACUCUUGGGGCACAGGAUGGGGAGAGAAGGGCUACAUAAGGAUGGAGCGUAACAUAGCUAAUUCACCAACAGGCAAAUGUGGAAUCACGAUGCAAGCUUCUUACCCCAUCAAGAAUGACCAGAAUCCUCCCAACCAUACCCCAUCUUAGCGGGCAUUUGGGAGUGGAAAGAGC